CCGCCCCAGAGAGCCGCCCCUGUCCGUGGCCCCGCCGCCGCCAUGUCGGGCCCGGGCGGCCGCGCUGCUCUGCCGCCGCCGCUGCUGCUGCUGCUGCUGCUGCUGGGGCUGCUCGGGCCGCUGGCGGCGCGGCCCCGCUACGAACCCACCUGGGGCUCGCUGGACGCCCGGCCGCUGCCCGCCUGGUUUGACGAGGCGAAGUUCGGCGUCUUCAUCCACUGGGGCGUGUUCUCGGUGCCCAGCUUCGGCAGCGAGUGGUUCUGGUGGUACUGGCAGAAGGAAAAGAGAGAGCCCUAUGUGAAAUUUAUGGAAGCAAAUUAUCCCCCUGGCUUCAGCUAUGAAGAUUUUGGACCUCUGUUUACAGCAGAAUUCUUUGAUCCCAACCAGUGGGCAGAUAUUCUGAAGGCUUCAGGUGCAAAAUAUGUUGUCUUAACUUCAAAACAUCAUGAGGGCUUUACUUUGUGGGGGUCCAAAUAUUCUUGGAACUGGAAUGCUGUUGAUAUGGGACCAAAGCGAGAUCUUGUUGCUGAACUAGCAACAUCUGUUAGAAACAGGACUGACUUGCAUUUUGGGUUAUACCAUUCCCUGUUUGAAUGGUUCAAUCCUCUUUUCCUUGAGGAUGCCACUAAUGCCUUUAAGACAAGAAAGUUUCCAACCAGUAAAUCAUUACCAGAACUCUAUGAAAUUGUGACCAAGUACCAGCCAGAAAUAAUUUGGUCUGAUGGGGAUGGAAAUGCUCCAGAUACUUACUGGAAUAGCACUGGUUUCUUGGCUUGGCUGUAUAAUGACAGCCCAGUCCGGGACACAGUAGUGACCAAUGACCGCUGGGGACUUGGCAGCAUCUGUACCCAUGGUGGCUUCUAYACGUGCAGUGACCGCUACAACCCUGGGCACCUCCUGCCCCACAAGUGGGAGAACUGCAUGACCAUCGACCGCAGCUCCUGGGGCUACCGCAGGGACGCGUGGCUUGGCGACUACCUCUCCAUCGAGGACUUGGUGAAGCAACUUGCAGAAACAGUGUCUUGUGGAGGAAAUCUCCUGAUGAAUAUUGGGCCCACUCACGAUGGUCGCAUUGCUGUUGUGUUUGAGGAGCGUCUGAGGCAGGUGGGCGCCUGGCUGAAGGUCAACGGAGASGCCAUCUAUGGAACAAAACCAUGGAGAGCACAGAACGACACGGUCACACCUGGAGUCUGGUACACUUUCAGCCCUAAAGAAGGGAAAGUCAAUGCUAUCUUCCUUAACUGGCCAGUCUCUGGGAUUCUGGAACUUGGUGAGCCACAGGCUAAGCUUGGAGAAACACAGGUGAAGCUGGCUGGUUACAAAGAAAUGCUGAAAUGGGUUGCUCUGGGAGAAAAGGGAAUUAUUGUUGCUCUACCUCRCUUAACUCCUCAGCAAUUGCCAUGUCAGUGGGGCUGGACCUUACAACUGACUGACAUAAACUGAGCCAUACUCUGUUGGAGCCCUGGGUAGCAGGGAAUGCUGAUGUUUUGCUCUUUCUUAUGACUGGUUUUAAACUUGCUUGGCUGAGAAACACCAAUAAAUUCACUUUUUUAUGAGAGGUGGGCUGUUUUUAAAGGAUGGAAUGGAACAAACCUCACMAAGUCUAGCAGUAGAUCAGUGAUCCUCUGCAUCCAUUUUGUUUCUUUGAACUUGUGAAAAAUUGAGCAGCUACCUUGACCUCUCCACUUGUUUUAGUUGUUUCUGGCCAAGUUAUGUGAAGAAUGAGGCGGGAGGGAAACAGGCACUAAAUUUUUAGAGACAAAAGAAAGAACAAAGCUCAAGCUGSUGUUCAAAUGCACAUAAGUCAGUUGUACACCCUCUUAAAUGCAAGAAAUUUAACUUCCACAAAAUUGCACAGUAAAAACUGACAGUUUUAGAGAAAAGAAUAAWUUUUUUCCAGCUGUGUUUAACUAGUGGUAGCUGGCAGUUUCAGCUCAGUAGGGUAAUAUCUGAAAGAACAGGSCUGCAAGGGUUGGAAAUUCAUCAUAAAUACGUGCAGGCAAUGCAUAUGUACAUCAUAAUUUCUCAUCAUGACAGUCAGUCAUUUUACAUAUUMCUAUUCUUGAGUAAUUCUGUCCAGUAUUGGGACACAGGUAAACUGAGAGAGGGUUGUGUUUUUGUAUUUUGUAUAAUUUCACAUGGGUAAUACUUGCCUCUUGUGUAAAAACAAAGGCUAUAAACAGUUACCAGGGUGCCUUCUGUGGACUAUUAAACCAAACCUAUACUUCAGUGACUAACUCUUAGAAAAAGACAAAUUAUCAGGAGUUGCUAGGGGUCUUCAGCUUUGGCAGAGAGACAUUUCAAGCAGAGGGCAGCCUGCAUCCAAGUUGAAAAAUUUCCAGACUCAUCAUGUGCCAUGAUUUAUAGGGAUAGACACAAGGUGGUUUGCAAAGAGGAGGGAGAUAAAGGACAAUAAAAAGCAUGAAUUGUUUUUGUUUCAGUGUAGAGACUGAAGGUUUAUUUUCCCUGAGUAAUGUUAGUGAGUGCAAAAUUAGUACUGUGUAAGUUAAAUUUAUUCUUUCAGCUCUGUCAGGAUUUUGAGUCAUGGGCCAUGUCAGCUUAUUCUCUUCCCUGCUAGUAAUGUUAAUAAACACACAAAGCAUACAUUAAAAUAUUUUAUUACAAUACAGACAAUUGGGCUCAAAAUUAAUACAAAUUAGGAUAAAAUAUUUACAAGGUGAUGUGUACAGUGUAGGUGUUUGAACAGCAGAAACAAGAGACUGUCUAAAAAACUCCAUUCCUUUAGUAUUAAGUAACAGACAGAGCAGACCCCCGGCUUGUUCAAGAGGAACACCCAUCCAUUGGCAAAGGCUUUCGGAAGAAUGACAGCCUUUGGAACAAGAUUUGUAAAGCUAAGGGGGAAAAGUCAACAUUUUAGAAAGAAAAAUCUGGGGAAGAAGAAAAAAGCAUUACUUCAUUCUGCUGCCUUGUACUAUUCUUAGAUCACUAUCAUUAGUUCUUCCCAAAACUUACACACCCCAGGCCAAGAAAUGGGUUUUUUUAGUAACUUGCUGUAAUACUGCCACCAGAUGCCUUUUAGAUGCAAUAAAAACAACCCAAUGAAUUACAGAAGAGAUUAACCACUUUUUAAUAGAAAAGUCUUUACUCACAAUGUUUCUUUCAUUAAGAAUAUUUUUAAUGGGUGCAACAUAAUUCUGUUAGAAGAAAUAUGGGCUCACUCCCACUUUCUUCAGAGUGUGCUUUCUGCUGGUCUGCCACUCCUACACCAUUACAAAAUUAAUCCAAGUCUCAUCAGUAGUCGCAAGGGAUUUGUUAUAAAUACACCAUCUGUUYGUAAAAAUGUUCAGGUCAUUUCUCUAGCUGCUGAGGGGUACUAAAAGCUUCAUACACAUUAGCAGCAAAAUCUUUCACUUGUUCCAUCAUCAACAGGUCCUG